ACAGAAAACUUGGUUGAGUCCUACGAAGACCUUCCUCCCCCUGAGUGGAAUGUGGUUUCAUCCAGGAAAGAUGGCGGCGCCCAUACGAGAGGAAGCGGUGUGGAACCGGCUACGAGUGCCAUGGCCGGGCUGCAGCGCCGGCAUCGUUGUACCGGAUCACCAUGCUUCGGUGGGAUGCUUUGCUGUUGUUAAGAAAGAGGGCCGUGCUCUUGACAACAUACUAACAGAUAAAGCCAUGGUUGCAGAACAGUGCCUCCUUCGUGCCAUCAUCUACCGUUUCCGCCACCAGAUGAGUCAUCAUAAGCCAUAUCAGUCUCUCAAACAGGUAGAACAAUGCUUGAAGCGUUUAAAUCUAAUGAAUCUGGGAAAGGCCAUUCAAAUUCUUACACAACUGGGCCCCAUGUAUCAGAAAUCUGAAAAUGCUGCAGAAUGUUUGGUUCCCAGCCAACCUGUGAUAGAAGUUGUGAUGGUGAAGAUACUGGGUGGUUGCAAGCUUGUGCUGCGUUUACUUGAAUGCUGUUGUGCCGCAUUUCUCUUGUCUGUUAAGCAUCUUUGUUUACAAGAGCAUAUACUUCUGAAUACUCUGGUUUCAGGAUUGCUGAGCCGACUAUGGCUUCUUUCUAGAGGUGUAUUAAAAAGCCUCAGUUCUUUGUAUAACAUCCUGUUUGAAUUACAUCGAGAAGUUUCGGAAAUACAACCAAGUCCUUAUAUAAAAGGAUUUGCUUUUCCUCCUGAAAUAAAUGAAUUUGUGGGAACCUCUUAUUCAGAGAUUAAGAAGAAAAUGCCUAGAGCAUUUGUGAUGAAAAAGGCCAGAAGUGGAUGGAUGAAUAAACUAUUUGCUGCAAGCAAGGCCACAUCUCAGUCUCAGCUUGAGACAGCAGCCGGUCCUACAGCAGUCGGAGGGAAGAUGAGGAAUUCGCAAAAUGCUGUUGAUAUCGGGAAACCAGUUCUGGUCAAUAGAACUAACCGAGAUCUGGGAAAGGAGGUGUCAAGGUUUGAUGUCAAGACAUUAUGCAAGUAUCCUCAUCCGGCUCCACAGAAGAAUAUUAAAUUCAGAGUCAAACUUCCUGGAUCAAAACAGAAAAGCAAAUCUACAUCCCACAAAUCACUGAGAUCCCAGCAUCUUAAAUCUUUUGUGUCCAAAUUUCAAGAAGCAACCUCCUUUGAAGAGCUGUCAGAUUCACUGAGAACAACAAUUAUCUGGUGCAAAAACAAUAAACUUGGAUCAGAAGCUUUCUUCUUGGGAAUGAAGUGCUUGAAAACUAGGCGGCUGCAGCAUGUAGAAGCACAAGGUUGCAGGCUGCAGAGAAAACUUGGCUGUGUUAAAGCUACCCUCUGUAAAUAUCUCACACUCUCAAGCUGCAGAAGGAAACCCAAUCAAAUGCUUAGAACACAUUCCCAUCUGCGAAUGAGGAGCAAACGCUCAAGGAGCUCAAGACAUGUUUCAAAAAGAACACCAUCUUCUAUCAUACCUGUUUCAUCAGACACUCCUGACUUUAACAAGGGUGAAAUAUUCCUAUCAUCUCAGUUUUGGACUCCUACUAACAAUAGUUCUAAUGUAAUUGGUGAAGAACAAGCUCAGGUGGAUUGUUCUGCCUCUAUAGUAGAAACAAGUGAUGCCCCUAUACAGAAAGAAAUCGAGAAUGAAGAUGACAUUGAUGACAUUUUUAAAGCAAUAGGUUUAUAAUACUUUUAUUCAUGAUGUGUUAUAUAAAAUUGGGGUUCUGAAUAAUAAAAUAUUCUAUUAACGUUUUGAACAAA